AUGCACCCCUUCUCUGUUCUCACUCUUGCGAUCUUCGUAGCCGGCUACAUCACUGCAAGGUGGGAUCUGGUUACUCGACUUUAUGAGCUUGCAAACUUCGCCUGGGACCACGGAGUCGUCACGCGUACGGCAAAGGGAUUCGCGAUCCUUUCCCUGUUCUUCUUCCUAUUCAUCAUACCAUUGGAGAGGCUAGCCUCGAGGGAAACGCAGUUGAAGGCCACCAGUAGCUGGGAAUCUGUCAUGCCCGAUCAUGAUGGGCUUAUGAGAAUAUUUUGGCCCUCCGAUCUAUCCAGAAGCGAUGCCCCGGGGAUCAUAGUGGGAUGGAGAAACUCCGGGCUUGAUGUUUUUGUGGUGGCUAUACUGGAGGAAGUCGAUGCGCGCAGUGUGGAAAAUGCCCUGAAGGUUGGGACCCUGUUUCGAAGUGCCAGUCAUCCGAUUGCGCGGAUCUACGAGUUAUGCGGACGGCCGUCUAUGGAGGUUUUGGGUCUGGCAAAUUCCCCACAGAUUGAGGUUGAGGUUCUUCAAAUACAUGCUUCCAAAGGACCACAUUUACGAAUGCCACAGAUCUCGUGCGCAAGAGCUUCUACAGUACAGAUAAUCAUGUUUGAGCGCCCGUUACCGAACAGGAUGCAAUACAUAUCUCUAAACCCGAUUUCGCUAGCUUUAGGGGACAAGGCGGAAAAGACAAAUCAUGCGCCCGGGAGCGUAGAUGCGGAAGAGGAAAAGGAGGAAAUGAAGAACAGGGCGAGGACCAAACAUUUGGUCGAGAAGCUAAGACUUCACACAGUAUCCGUUCAUCCACCGUCACAAAAGGAACAGGCACUGCCAAGGAUUGUCAACCAAAUCAAUUGCUCUUUCGAAUUGAACAAGCUUCUUCAAAAGAACAUAUCACUCGUAGGCAGGAGAUCGCGACGAAGUUUAAGUGUGUCAGAGAGGGUUGUAGAAUCUGCAACGGGCAUGCGAGACUUUGUAAUUGUGGCUCUAUGGCGGGUGAUGACUCUAUAUAUCUAUCCCAUCAUCCGAAGGGGAUUCAUACUCGGUCUUGUAUGCCAUAGAUUUACUGCAGAAGCACUGCUGCUUGUUUUGGAAUGGAGGGCCAAGCCGGACUACGCAGCAUUGAAAGACAUAUCAGCUACCGCUCAGCAAGUAGAGAUACGGCUUCAACAAUUUUGCUACUGGCCGAUGCAGUACAUCACUUUACGAAAGAGGAAAAACGACUGGGAAAGUGUGACUACAAGCCACCCAGACUAUAUCAGAUUCUACAACAGUCUUUGGUUGGUUGCAAACGAUGUCAUUAUUGGCAUUGCGCUGGGUUCGUAUAUCAUUGACAACUCGGCAUGGGUAGCUGAAUCUAUCAGCGAGUUUCUAAGUCUGUACUCUAUUGCAGUGUUGCGAAGAACCAUUGCCUGGUUGAUGGACUGGCCUGCUGGAUUGAAGCUGAACAAUGAACUGGCUGCCUUCCUUGGUGAUCUAUUUCUGUGGGUGAUUGAUCACUGGUCAAACUGUCUCGAAGCUCUAAGGCCUGUGCUACCUCAUCUGAUUUGGUUCAUUGGAUUCUCCAGUUUCGCUGGAGCCAGCAUGCCAAUAGCCCUCUUCUCAGAUCUCCUCUCAAUCCUAACCAUCCACAUCUACUCAUUCUACAUGGCCUCCGCCCGCAUCUUUAACUGGCAAUACACAAUUCUCCUAUCCCUCUUCCAACUCUUCCGAGGAAAGAAGCAUAAUGUCUUACGAAAGCGUAUAGACUCCUGCGACUACGAUUUGGACCAGCUACUCCUAGGCACCAUCCUGUUCACACUCCUGUUCUUCUUACUACCAACCGUGAUUGUAUUUUACCUCACCUUUGCAUGUUCGCGCAUGGCGAUCAUCUCCUUGAAAGCCGUUUUAGAUACGCUACUUGCUUGUCUGAAUCAUUUCCCCCUUUUUGCUCUUAUGCUACGAAUUAAAGACUCCCAACGACUGCCUGGUGGCAUCUGUUUUGAACUUAAAGAUACCCAACAACUCACCCUCUCCACCCCAACAACCGACUCCCAUGGGCCUCCCCCAACCUCCUACAUCUACCUCAAAUCUGUCCCCCUAACCUUCCGCGCAAUGUUCCACCAAUACUUCCAACUCGGCCACCGCAUCCGCAAACACUACCUCUCACCCCGCGUCCUCCUCUGUCUCGCAACGGGCAAGUUUGUGCCGCCCAUACACCGCAAAAACCUGUACAGUCUGCAAUACAGCAUGUUGCCAGCACGACGAGCGGGAAUUAUGGAUAUGUGGCGUGCAUUGACGGCGAGAGAAGAAGGUGGGAAGGAGAAGUGGGAUACGGGUGGUGGUGGGGGUGCGUGGAGGGUUAAUGGGAAGAGGCUGAACGGGGGCACAAGG